AUGAGGUUGCAACAGGCCACCAACACGCAAGUCGGCCUUACUUCUACAAUCCGCGAAGGCUGGUUUGACGAGCUUCGUCACGUUGCUCAAUGUUUCAUCACAGCACAGCAGGCCAGCGCCAAAAUCGAGCAGGCCAUCAAUACAGAGCGUGCACAGCUUCAGGGGGCCCUUUCAGCUGCUCUGAAUGAGCGUGAUGUGACGAAAUCAGAGCUGGAUUCCGCUCGACAAGAAAUUCGAUUUUUGCGCAAUCGAGUAGACGAGCUGAUGAGCAAAGCGUCAACACAGCAUCACGUCGAUAGUUCAUGGACAAACUCUACUUACGACAAAUCAAUCGCUCGGUCGGUCCCUGAGUCUCAAGUCGAAACCUCAAGUUGGCUCUCGAGAAGCUCUAGCCAAGACAGUCCUAGUGAUGUCUCGCUCAACGACAGUUGCGUCGAUCUGCUUCAGCAACUUCCCACAAAAGUGGAGGACAUGCCAUUCACACCAGAGCGAAAGCCGACAUCCUUGCCCUAUAAACAUGAUGGCAACGCUUACAGAUCGGACACGCCUGGUGACUGUCAACCUUUCAGGUCCUCGGCGGACCAGAUAUAUAGUCAGAGUGACCAGUUGAAACCCUUUGUCAGAGAGUAUGGGCCUCUGGUGCAGCGGACCAAGUACAACGGAAUAAUUGCCAAGACUCCCGAUUUCAGUGGUAGCCUUGCAGAACGUCACAGAAAUAACAGCAGCACCAAUGGCCACAAAGCAGCUGGCCGCUUUAACCGAACACCGUUUUCCUCACAGGGACCCUUUGCUCCUCCUCCCUCGCAGCACCAACCUGGUAAUGCCUUCCGUAGCCAGCAUGAUACGAGAGUUCGUGCAUCUACGCCGACGCAGGGAUCGAAUAUGGGGAUGCAGUCGGCAAUUCCGCCUCGCCAAAAUCAAAGAGAGCUGCACCAGAAGCCCUACCCACAGCUGCAGCAACGACAGACCUACCCUGGCCCCGAUACUCCAGGUCUGCUGGAACAGGGCUUGGUGCCUGCGCCCUCUAUGGAGCUGGCUUUGGUCCAGAGCCGGUACGAGCCUUUCAAUGAGUAUGCUCCAGGGGUUGCACCUCUGAACACAUCCGACGAGGAGCGUAUUCGAGAUAUCUUCCAUUUCUUCAACAAGAUGACAGACUGGGUCACUAGAUACUGCAGCGUGCCAAACAAGAAGCUUAUCAACGACAUGGAGCGGCUGUUUCCUCGGCUCUGGGACUAUGCCUGCUCGGCGACAUAUCCGAACAAGGCGUCGAAUGCCGCCAGCCACUCCAUGUUCAUGCUGUCGAGCGAUGAGUUCCGAAAGUACUUUUUGACCCGGCUCCUUAUUCAAUAUGUGGUCCAGCAGAUGUGGAACGCUCAGGCGUGGGAGGGUCUCGACGACGAGUUAACAGAGGUCCUGAUGAGCGUCAAGCACCGCCUGGACCCCAAAUACGGUUAUGAUGCCAUCCUGCAACCACACGAGCGUCAUGCACUUGUGGAGAAGCGCUCGCGCGCGAUCUACGACUUCAUGCGACAGCCAUCCUGGAGCAAGAUUAAAUCACAGAAGAUGAACGUGGCGCUGACACGGUUCAAGGACAUUGUCGGACCUAUGAUGAACCGGGAGGACAUUGAUCGACAGGCGGCUCUGCACGAGCUCUCGGGCAUCAGCGAGGGUGCGCUGCGGCUUUCGGCCAUCCUCAACACAUCGCGGCUCUCCUUCCAGUUCAUCUUCAACGAAUGCGGCAUCAAGUUCAGCGAUCAGUCGCACCGGCCGCUCAACGCAAGCCUGCCAACGCGGGAGCUGCAGGCACACCACUGGCGGCUGAUGUGUGUGGUGACGCCUGGCAUCACGUAUCGCAACGAUGCCGGCGUCAGCGUGGACCCGCGCUUCCUGGCCAAAGCCAACGUUCUGCUGAUGCAGUGA